CACCAUUUUCAGUUUAGUUGUAAACACGCUAGACACAACCAAACCUACGAUUGACGUACACACUGUAUAGGCCGAAAAGACAUUUUUAUUAUCGAGAUUUCACACUGUUUUUUGUGAUUCCAUAUUAUUCACAUGCCGUUUACCAAAGAAGAGAAGGCUCGGCAACGUGCUGAACAAUUUAGAGAGGUAAAUAAUAAUGAUGCCGAAGAGGAAGACCCCGACUACAAAUCAUGUUGUGUACCGUCUGGAUGUAUAGUUGGUGAAGCCGUUCAUAUACGAAACCCGGAUGUUGUUAUGAAGGUUGUGUGCAACAACAAAGAUUGUACCUAUGGAGUAUUUAUGCACAAAGUAUGUUUUACUGAGUGGGAAGAAAGUGUACUAACAUAUCUACGAUCGUCUGGACGAGCUAGGAGUUGGUCGGAGAAGCAGCGUCGCCAAAACCUGUGGACAAAGAAGGGAUACGACCUAGCAUGGAAAGCAUGUUCAUGCCAAUGCGGAAAGGGCCAUCUACGGAAGGACCUUGAUUGGGUACCACCGCAACCGUUGGACGUAGAUACACAACGUAAGAAAACUAAGAAAAAGAAAUCAAACGAUAAACCAACUAUAGGCCGAGCGACGAGUCUACAACAGAAUAUCGCCGGACAGGCGAAUAACGGCAGUCAUAAUCAUAUAGGCCCAGCCCAAUCUAACGGUCAUCAUUCAGGCAAUUCUGGAACAUCCGGACACAACGGACGUCUUCGUCACACCUCCGGAGCUUCCGUCUCGUCGACAGAUAGCUUUAGCAGCACACCACCAACAAGUGCCGACGAAUUUCUUUACUCGCCUGGUCCUUCUCCUCGUAUCAGCAACGGGCAUAUACGACUGGAAUCGAAUUCGUCCGAUCGUAGUUGGUCACCAAAUAACUCCCAACCAGCAAACAACCAAACAAGUCAAAGAAAUUCUAGAAGUUUCAGUUUUUCUCGCUCCAACUCCUUGAACAAGGAACCCAUCGACAACGCUCCACAACAAUCGCCAAAGACAGUCGACAAUCUCAACGACUGUUUGUUUCUACGCAGGAUGGACUUGUCGACAUUUUUUGAAGUCCUUCCACGGCACAAAUUGAACCCAUACCAUAUCAAGAUGGACGAAGACGGCUUUGCAGCUAAUGAAGAAAUACGGAAAUUUAUAUUCAACACUAUGGUUCUGCAUAAAGCUACCAGCAUGGCAUGUUCGAUGUGCGCUCGUCAUCUUCCUAUCUUUGAUCGGUACCCUUUGAUAGAUGGUACAUGCUACCUUACCCCUGUCAAGCAUAGUGAUACUAACUUGCAGGUGAAUCUAAACGGCAAACUGCAGUACCUUGGUGCAGUUUGCAUGCUAUGUUUAGAAGGCGUACAUAGUGUACUAUGUCGCCAAUGCAAGACGCCAUGGGACGGCAGUCAUCAUCAACUUGGAACUUUAUAUUCGUACGAUAUUUUCGCCGCCUCGCCGUGCUGCUCUGGACGCGUCGGAUGCAAGCAAUGCGGAAAACCGGUUAUAGAACUCAGUCGCGGUCCGUUCUUCUUCAGUCAAUAUUCGCAAACUAUACUUUGCCCCCACUGUGGAGUGCUGGAUUUUCACUUCAUUAAACCAUUGAGCAGCUAUGAGGUACGUGCUAAUCAGUCUGGACAUCGUCUAAUAUGUUAAACCUGCGUACUAAUUAUUAUGUACGGGUAUGAAGCAAAUGUCGUAUGUAAGGAUAUUUUUAUGACUGAUAUUUUUAAAAUGUGAGUUGUAUUGUGGAAAAUCCAUAUAAACUUUUUACCGAAACAUUGUUUACUGAAAGUUUGUUUACUCAGUUCGAAAGAGAACGAGUACUAGAAAUUGAUGUUUUGCUUAGUAAAUCAGUGACGUUGCUCCAUCAAAUAUUAAACAUGUAUAAUUUAAGUGAUAUUUCUAUGGAAAAAAAUAAUAUCGGUAGUGAAUUUUAGCGCGAUCUAGAUCGAUAUUUCGUUUCAUUAAUCUUUAAAACAUAGACUAUUAUAGGCCUACAACCACUUGUGGUAUUUGCUGAUCAGUUUCCUAUCAUAAUUAAAUAAAUGUUCAGAAACACAUUGAAGACACCUACACUAUUGUUAAUAUUAUAAUUGUAUAACUUGUUAUUAAUCAAUAUUCGUUUACGUUGUAUAUAAGUAUUAUAUCAUAUUGGGUCAGGUUGUUUCAAAAAGCGGUCCUGUAUCAAAAAAAAAAAACUUCUGGAAUUAAAUAUCAUUUGAAUGUGUACCGUAUUUAAUUGCGUGGUUAAGCUUUAACAAUUGGAAAAAAAAAGGUUGAUUUUGACCUGGAGUGGUUUUAAAACUCCGUAAUUGAACGGCAUUUCAAGUGAUGGAUGGUAAUUUGAUUAUUGUAUUUUAUAUCCAUUUUCACGGAAGCCUUCUAUUGGAAGAAUAGAUUAUAGGCCUUGUCCGUAGGUUUGUAUAAUUUAAUAAGGACUCGGAAGAUUGAUAAGUUUCAGCCAUAUUAUUUUGAGAAUGUCUUUCGAAUUGGUUUGUAUUUAAAUGGAAGAAAGCUUUUGACCAAAUAUUUUGGCCAGCCAAAAUACAUGUUUGACGUGAUAAAAAUUUAAACUAUCAAGUCAUGGACUUUAUCACCAUGAAUACAUAUUUUUAUUCGAGAAGUACUAGUUGAUUACUUUUGUAUUUUCCGGAAAAUUUCAUUACGUUUAACGUUAUCAUUUUAUAAAAAUUGACUAAGCAUGUUAUCGAUUUUUUUCAGUUUAAAUACUGCAUUAUGCCUACUUUUUGAUGUAAUACAAAGUUGGUUUAGGUAUUAAGAUUUACUUGUUUAUCAAAGUAAUACUUCGAUUUAUGUUUGAAAACCGAUAAACUAGAACACAUCGAAGUUUUUAAAAAUAGACAGUGAUAAGUUUUUUGAUGGAAAACAUUAGUCCUAAACGUUACUUUUACAGAGUUUAAAGUAUUUAGUUUAGAAGCUACGACAGGGUUUAGCUGAAGCUGUGGCAUACAUAAUAUUUGACCUCCAGCAUUUCAAUGCGAGUACCGUACUGUUCGACUGAUUUGCACUCGAAAUAUGUUACUAUUAUUAUCAUUAUUAAACUUUUGAAAUACAGAA